AUGAGCGAUCAGAGGCGGAAGAAAUCGAAGAUUCAGAGUCGCUGCGACCACCUCGCUGGCGGAUGGGCAGGUUUCGGCCCCGCGGAGAAGGCAGAGGGGACAAAGGGUACUGCCCAUAUUUCCCCGUUGCAUAAAGUCGCCAAGGCAAACUCUGCCAGAGCCUUACCUCAAGCGCUUCACGCCAACGACGCGAAAUUAUCCUCCUCAUCGACCACGCCCUCUGUCUCCACUGCCGCUCCACAGGCUAGUGGCUCCCCGUGGUCCACAGACGAUGUUUCCGACGGGCAAGAGCAUGACAUCGUCAAUCACCACACUGAGGGCGAGAACAAUCCCAAGGAUGUCUCCACGGACGAUAGUGCAGUCUCCUUGGGGAUUCUGGUGGAUGGGGUAGAAUCUGGUUCGACAGCGGAUGGUGCCAGCCCUCAGGUGCCUGUCACUCCAACUGAAGUGGUUUCAGACACCCUGGAUGGAGAUUCGGAGGGCGGUUCGAUAGGCGAGGAAGAGUCUGAAGAUGUCUUAGAGCCGCAGUCGUUGCUCCCGCCGCGCUCGCGCAUGGGCAGGUUUGUCGUCUCUUGCGAUGCACAAAAUGGGAACGUGGCCGCCGCUAAUACACCGCCUUUGACCGGAAGCGCGAAGGUAAACUCUACCACCGCCCCGCCUCAAGUACCUACAGCCGGCAACGCCAAAAUGUCCACCUCCACUGCUGUCACUAGUGGCUCCUCGUCGUCCGUUGGCCAUAUCUCCAAUGGCGAAGAAGCGAACGCCGCCGCUGAUUGUAGCAUUGGAGGAGAUGCAGAGCCCCACGGCAGUCCGAUGGCAAAGGGUGCAGAGGCUUCAGGCGAGCUGGGCGAUGGAGUCGAGGAUCGAUCCCAAGUGGAAGGCACGAGCCUCCGGUCUACGACUCCUGUUGAAGUUCUGUCGGAGGCCUAUGAUAGAGGAACGAAUGGCGGCUCGGCAGAGGAGAGUGCUGCCAGUGAAGCUCCUGCCAGCGCGCCUGCACAUCGUUCAGAGGUGGCAGAAAAUCGCUCACUCGCUGCUAUGACUCCGGCUGAAACCGCCUUGGAGGCUCUCGAUGAUGUCGUGUCCCAUGUUCCGCUUACACCCUCUUCCGCCCCGUCUGUGGGAGAGGAGAACGGUAGUUCUACGGCGCCCAACGCUAAUGUCCAGAAGAUUGACGAGCCAACUUAUCUCCAGGCGCCAAUGGAGGCCAAGGAUGCUCUCGAGAGCGUGAGCGAACGUCAAGGUUCUGCGAGUACAAUGUCGUCCAAGGCCAAGCCUGAGGAUCGUAAAGAACUCAGUCAGGCUUCCGCUACCCCACCGAAUAAUAAUAAGCGAAAGUGUCUUGGGGAAGACGAAGAGAUUUCUUCAAGCACGGUGAAGAAGAACUCCAAGACCGUAGAUGAAUCUCCCUCGACCGCCCACCAGAGUAACGGAGAAGCAGGGCCGCCUGUCAAGGCGAAGAGGAUGAAGACCGAGAAGUUCUAG